CCACAACCCCCACCAGAGUCCAAGAGAAAUGAUGACACCCAUCUCCCUUGUACUCUACUCCCUUUUCUUCGCUUCCAUCGUUUACUAUUGUUUCAAUUUCCUCUUUAACAGAUACCCACGACCACUCCCUCCAGGUCCUAAACCAUGGCCUAUCAUCGGCAACCUUCCUCACCUUGGCCCCAAGCCUCACCACUCUCUCGCCGCUUUGGCUCGUAUCUAUGGCCCUCUCAUGCAUUUAAGGCUUGGAUCUGUCCAUGUUGUCAUCGCUGCAUCAGCUUCCGUUGCUUCUCAGUUCCUGAAAACCCACGACACCAAUUUCUCUAGCCGACCACCUAACUCAGGUGCUAAACACAUCGCUUAUAACUAUCAAGACCUUGUCUUUGCACCCUACGGUCCACGUUGGCGCAUGCUCCGUAAGAUCUGCUCCGUUCAUCUGUUCUCCGCUAAAGCUUUGGAUGAUUUUCGUCAUGUCCGACAGGAGGAGGUGGCGGUACUGACGAAGCAAUUAGCAGUGGCGGGACGAGUGGCGCUAGUGAACGUUGGACAGUUGCUGAACGUGUGCACCACAAAUGCUCUUUCAAGGGUGAUGAUUGGGUGGAGAGUGUUUGGGGAAGGUGAAGGUAUCGAGAACUCGAAGUCGCAGGAGUUUAAGGAUAUGGUGGUGGAAUUAAUGGUUCUUGCUGGAGUAUUUAAUAUUGGAGAUUUUGUUCCAGCGCUUGAAUGGUUGGAUUUACAAGGAGUGGCGUCUAAGAUGAAGAAGUUACACGCGAGAUUCGACGCUUUCUUGAACGCUAUCAUUGCUGAACAUGAGUCUUCUGGUGUGAAUGGCGAUGGGUCUCAGAAACAUAGCGAUUUGUUGAGUACUCUAAUUUCCUUGAAGAAUGAUGCCGACGGCGAGGGUGGGAAGCUCUCCGACACAGAGAUUAAAGCCUUGCUCUUGGACUUAUUCACGGCGGGAACUGACACAUCAUCAAGCACAGUGGAGUGGGCCUUGGCGGAGCUCAUUCGUCACCCUCAAAUCAUGGCCCAAGCCCAACAGGAACUGGACUCUGUUAUUGGUCCAGACCGGCUGGUGACCGAAUCGGAUCUACCUAAUCUCCCAUACUUACAAGCCAUCAUCAAAGAAACGUUUCGUCUCCAUCCAUCAACACCAUUGUCACUCCCACGAAUGGCGACCGAGGGGUGUGAGAUCAACGGCUACCACAUUCCGAAGGAUUCCACACUUCUUGUCAACGUAUGGGCCAUUUCACGUGACCCAGAAAUUUGGCCCGAACCGCUAGAGUUCCGGCCCGAGAGAUUCCUCCCUGGUAGUAAACAAGCCCACAUUGAUAUUAAGGGGAACGAUUUUGAAGUUAUACCCUUUGGAGCAGGGAGGAGAAUAUGUGCAGGAAUGAGUCUUGGGUUGCGAAUGGUUCAACUCUUGACUGCCACUUUGGUUCAUGCAUUUGAUUGGGUCUUGCCGGAGGCCCAAACUCCAGAGAAGCUGAACAUGGAAGAGGCGUAUGGGCUAACCUUGCAAAGAGCCAUGCCCCUAAUGGUGUUUACACGCCCAAGAUUGGCCCCACAGUUGUAUGGCACCACUCUUAAAGCUUGAUUUAAUAAUGUUCUCUGUUUUGUUUAUCCUUAA